AUGGCGACUGAUGAGGAGCUGUUGAAGCUCCUGAAGGAGCCCACAGAAGAGGAGCUCUCCAUGCCUCCAGAGGAGGCCCUCCUCAAGUGUUAUGAGUGGGAGGACUUCUUCCAGUACUGUGACACCCUACGCACCAACAAGUUCUGGACCACUACUCAAGGCAAGCAAGCCAUCAACUGGAAGAAGCUCAUCAGCUCAAUGCCUGAGGCUCAGAAGCUCAAUGAGGCAGAACAGAGGAAGCUACAAGAAAAUCUGCACAACUACACCAGCAUCAUGAAGAAGUUCCUCAACAUCAACAGUUGGCCCAAGAGUGCCACAUACCUCAAGAAUUUGUAUGCUGAAUCCAAAGAACCCAUGCCAAUCACACCCCUCUAUCUUCACUCGAUUUCCAAUCCAAUUCUGCUUCAUGUCCUCAAGCACAUCUCAACUGAACAGCACAAGCAGAUCCAAGUGGGCAACAAGUACAAUAUCAGCAAGAACGCCUUCAAGGAGCUCCUCAUUGCCUGCCAGAGACAUGUCAAGUUCCUGAGCAAGGCGAGAAAGGUGGCUACACACCUCAUGGAUAGGGACUUCAUCCACCUCAAGAACAAGGUGGCUACUGGAGAGUGGGAGCAACUUCUUCUGAUCCUCAGCAAUCCACACAUCAAAAUUGAAGACGUUAUCCAAGAGUUGCAAGAGAGGAUUCAAAAGGAGAAAGAGGAGAAGGAGAAAGCUGAAGAAAAGGAGAAACAUAGAGCAAAGGCUAAAGGCAAGAGGAAAUCCACUGACUUGGCAGAAGAACCUUUUGAACCAGCACAAACACAUGACAAAACCAGAUCCAACCAGAAGCUCCUCUGCAAGUGCAUCAAACAGCUCUGGGUCACUCACACAAAUCCCAAGCUAGUUGACAUUGUCCUGUGUGACAUUGAUGCAUCCACUUGCCACUGGGAUCAGCACAGGCUGAACCAGAUGAUGGGUUACACCAAUCCAAAUCAACAUGACUGCUUUGCUGCCGUCCUGACAACCAAUGUGCUGGAAAUGGUGGCUCUUCUCAACCUCCUUGCUGACAAGAAUAGCCCCUGGCAGCUUCUGCGUCUCAUCUCAGGGAGCAUCCCCAACAUCCACUCCAAGAGUGCCAGUGGGGUCCAACACAAUGAGUCGCUGCUGGUCCAGGACAUCACCAAGAUUCCCAAGCUCAUGGCCUACAAGAAGCCCUCCCUCAUCAAGAGGUGGAACCUGAAGUGGUCCACAUUGCUCCUCAAGUGCAUCAACUGA